GCUAAGGAGAAUUAGAUUUUAUUAAAUGGAUUUGGGUAUUUAGUUAAUUUAAGAAUCAAGGUCAUUUAGAGAUUGAAUCAUUUAGAAAUGUUGAGGGUCAUGUUUUUACAUACAUUGAUUGCAUAGAAAUUUCUUAUUGCAUCCUUUUACCCAACAAAGAAGCGUGUAGGGAGUAUUGUGUUCAAAACAAUUCAUAAAUAAUAAUUGUUUUACAGUUUUAUAAAAUAAACAUUAUGUAUGUUUAGCGAAUACAUAAUUAAAUCAGAGUAACUUCUUAGCUAAUUUAAUUUUAAAAUUGUAUAUAGAUUGAAUGA